AUGGAUAAAUUAACAGUUAUAUCAGGAACUUUAUUUAUGGCAGCUGAUGUUUUUGCCAUUGUAAGUCUUGCAAUGCCUGACUGGAUUAUAACUGAAGUUGGAGGUGACACACGACUAGGUUUGAUGUGGUCCUGUAUCACUCUCUACAACCGGCCUCAAGUCUGUUACACUCCAGAUCUUCAACCUGAGUGGCUGCUUGCGUUAAUUUGCAUAUUUAUUGGGUGUAUAUGCAUAACAACUACUGUGAUUCUACUAGCAUCUAGCCAUUUCGAUAGAAAUGUAAUACCAUAUGCACGAUGGGUUGGAUUUGCAGCAAUGGUGGUGUUUUGCUUAGCAGCAGUCAUAUUCCCCAUGGGUUUCCAUGUAGAUGAAAUUGGAGGACAGCCAUACCAACUACCAAACAGCCACCAAGUUGGCAUAUCAUACAUUUUGUUUGUUUUGUCUCUCUGGAUUACUGUGAUAUCUGAGUUAUUUGCAGGCAAAGUUUGUUUGCCUCAUUUUUAG